UGGAUCAUGCACGAUUCUCUAGGCAGUCAGUCAGUGCGCGGCUCAACAUUCGGUUGUUCGAGUGGUUGUGGUGGACAGUGCGUUGCAGUGCGUUUAGCAGAAAGCAUUAGAAGAGAGAAUCAUGGACAGAACGGAACGGAAUCAUGAUCCAAGUGGAACGGAAUAGAUCACAGUCGCCAGCAUGUCGCCAGUCGUGAAUGUUGAAUGAUCGCGGUUAGCUUGCCAGUAAGCGUAGCAACAAUGCGCGACCUAGAGCAGAGCGAGCAGAGCAAGCAGAGUUUAGCUACCUAGUGAUUAUUUAGUACGAAGCGGACGGACCCAGAGGUUACGAACAUUAUUUUAGCGAAGAUGACUAUAAUAGUCUUUUUGAUCGACACGUCCGCCUCCAUGAAUCAGAGAGCUUAUCUUGGUGGUCGACCAACGCUCCUGGACGUAGCGAAAAGCGCAGUUGAAACUUUCGUCAAGGUGCGGCAAAGGUCACCCGAGAGCCGCGGAGAUCGUUACAUGUUGUUGACCUUCGAAGAUCCGCCUCAAAAUAUUAAGGCUGGAUGGAAGGAGAAUUUGGCCACUUUUAUGAAUGAACUGAAGAAUCUACAAUGCGUAGGUUUGACAACUUUAGGCGCUGCUCUGAAACAUGCACUCGACGUUUUGAAUAUAAAUCGAAUGCAAACGGGCAUCGAUACUUAUGGCCAAGGUAGAUGUCCAUUCUAUUUGGAGCCAUCCGUCAUUGUUGUUAUCACUGACGGCGGAAAGUACACGACUAAUAAUGGAGUUCAUCAAGAUUUUACUUUACCAAUGCAUUCGCCCAUUCCUGGAUCGGAAUUAACGAAGGAGCCAUUCAGAUGGGAUCAAAGACUGUUUUCAUUAGUUUUGAGAUUGUCAGGAACACCCGCAAUUGAGAGGGACACCGGUUUAGUUGCCAGUGACGCCUCGCCUAUUGACGCAAUGUGCGAAGUUACUGGAGGACGAUCUUACUGCAUAACUUCCCACAGAAUGAUGAUGCAGUGUAUAGAUUCUCUAGUUCAAAAAGUCCAAUCUGGAGUUGUGAUCAAUUUCGAGAAAAUAGGUCCCGACCCUCCGCCAUUGUCAAAUGAAGUUCAACAUUUGGACGACGACGAGAAUGACGAGGAAAAUAAUCCACUGAACGGCCCAAGGAAUCAGUACCCUGGCAGUAUUACGGCACCUGGCAACAGCGCUUGGCAUUCCUGCAGAAGAUUAAUUUACGUACCAAGAUCGGCGCAAAAAGGCUUUGCCGUUGGUUUCUGGCCGAUUCCAGAGAGUUUUUGGCCAGACUUGAGCGCGAAUUUACUACCCCCAAGAUCGGCCCAUCCGAACGUCAAGUUCACGUGCACGAGUCAAGAGCCGAUGGUGAUUGAGAAUUUGCCAUUCGACAAAUACGAACUGGAGCCCAGUCCCCUCACGCAGUUCAUCUUGGCCAGGAAGCAGCCGACGAUAUGUUGGCAGGUGUUCGUUGCCAAUUCUUAUAAGUCAAGCGACGUUGGUCAUCCGUUUGGCUACCUGAAAGCGAGCACGAACUUGACGUGCGUCAAUCUCUUCGUGAUGCCUUACAACUAUCCUGUUCUGUUGCCUCUACUCGAGGAACUUUUUAAAAUUCACAGGCUCAAGCCUACGAACGAAUGGAGGACGCAGUUUCAAAAUUAUAUGAGAACUAUGCCUACGUACUAUGCCGCUUCACUGAGGAGAGCGCUCACGAGAAUGGGAGCCCCAGCGCCUUUAGCGCAAACCUUAAUCCCUGAUAACAUGGAUAACUCCUUGAGCUACAGUGUCUUAAAUUACUUGAAGCGGCUGAAGAAUCAGGCGAAAAUCGAGUUCGAUCGUCUUUGUAACGAAGUCAUAUCCAAACAGGUGGCGAACGCCAGCUUAAAUAAGAAUAUCGUCAACGGCAAUACCACUGCGGUGACGGAAGGCGUCAGGGUCAUUCCUAGAACACCUCUCAAAAAAGACUUGGUGUCGCAUCCACUGUUGCAAGACAAAUUCAUUGGCCUCCGAGAUCAACUCAACGAGUUUGGUGGUUUUGUUGUCGGGUUAGUGAGGAAUCAACAGCAACAGAGAGGGGCUCAAAGCUAUAGAAAUGCCUUCGAUGUACCGAGAAAAUCACUUCUUGACCAAGUGAUUAGAAUGCGGUCCAAUUUUUUACAACCAGGGUUAUUGCACACGAAAUUAUUAGACGACGAUUAUGUACAUUCUAUGCCUGUCGCGCAAAUGGGUAACUAUCAAGAAUACCUCAAACGAAUGACACCGCCAUUGAGAGAAAUUGAGAGUGUACCGGUCAGGCAACAUAUGUUUGGCAAUCCGUUCAAGAUAGACAAGAGAAUGAUGGUAGACGAGGCGGACAUCGACAUGGUGGGAGCCACGUCCUCGGCGUCGAAGGGCGGAAUGAAGCGAGCUUUAACACCAACCGAAGGCGGUGUUUCUCCAGCCUUGAGGCCUCCGCCAAACAAAAGGAAACCAGGACCCAUUCCCAAAGAUGUAACAGUGAAACGUCCAAUAAAAUCCCCAUCGAGUUCACCGUCAAAUUCACCAAUUCCAUGGCUCGAGGACGUGAAACCCCCGAGUUUACUACCACCACUACCACCAAUACCCAAUGCGAGUGUAAUAAAUAACGCGAAUUCCGAUCUAAUAUCUAGUGCUCUUAGUUCACCGUACCCGAAUUCACCGGAGAAAUUAGUGAACGGUAUUUCGAAAAUUUUAAUGGCACCAAUUUUUGAACCGAUUUCUGUCGAGCCAUUGACUAAUCAUCUAGAUAUACCGCCGAUAUUAACUCCAGUUAUAAAUAAUGUCGAUUCCAUAAAACUUGAAGUGAAAUCAGAAAGAACCGAGAAUGUCGAGAUAAUCGAGUGCAUUAAAUUAACAGUUAAUGAUUGUGUUGUUGAUAAUCAAAACAGUGUGAAAGUUAAAUGUGUGACUGAUGAACCAUUGACUAAUCAUGUGGAAGAAAAGCGGGAGAAGGAGAAGAUCGAGAAGGAACGGCCAUUAACAAAGAAGGAGAUUGAGGACGUUAGGAAACACAAUUUAUCCGUCAGAGAACUCGUCUACAAGGAAGUUCGAAGAAAGGGAACAAAUUAUGCCACGUUAUUUUCACAUUUGUACCAAAUCCAAGGUACUUUAGACAUUCGGCUCGCAUUUGUCAAAGACAUUGUUAAAGAAUCUCUACGUUUCAAAAGACGGAAUUUAGCAGCAUUAUUAGAAGACUAUUUGAAAACCGUUGAGGAAGACGGCUGGGUAAUGAACCACAAGACGAAUCACAAUGGUGCCACGAGAAUAAGUUAAGCUAUUCGCAAUAUGGUGGGGCAUUAAUGAAACGCAAAAUAUACACUGAAGAUUACUUGCUCCAGUGGAAGAUUAUUUCAUCAAAUUGAAAAUUAUCCAAAUCCUCGUAAGAAUGACAGAAAAUUUUCGCGAAAUAAUUUUUUUUUUCAUUUUAUUCAUAAUUUUUUGUUUUUUAGUAAAUUUGUAAUUAUAACUGUCCAGUGAGAGUAAUUUAAUUAAUUAUUGAAAUUUUUUAAAAAACAGUUUCAUUGGUACAGAAGAAGAAGAAGAGAAUUUUCAAUUAUACAUAAAGUUACUUAAUUCUAUUUGUACAGAGAAUUUUUUUUUUUUUUGAUUGGGACAGAGGGCUUUGUUUGAAAAUUGAUAUUCAGCAUGAAGUGGCCGUUGUAAACGACCGCGUAAGUUCAUAUCAAAUUUAAAAAUAUCAUGCUACAUUAACUGUAUUUUUAUGCGUUUAUCAAUUCUUAUUUAUUUUUACGAGCAUAAUUCUUGUGAUGUAAGCAACAAUUAAAUUUUAAGUUUCAUUGCUUUAGGGAAAUAAUUAUUUUAGAACUAUUCAUUCAUGUACAUUUUGUAUAUACAUAUAUUAUAAAUAUAUAUAAAUAUGUGGGCGAUUCUAUGGAAAAGGGUAAUUUUCAAGCAAGCAUUAAAAAUUUAAGAGAAAAACGCUUA